AUGUCUAAGCCUAUGCCUACGCCCAUAUCUAAGCCUAUGCCUGCAUCCAUGUCUAAGCCUAUGCCUACGCCCAUAUCUAAGCCUAUGCCUGCGUCCAUGUCUAAGCCUAUGCCUGCAUCCAUGUCUAAGCCUAUACCUACGCCCAUAUCUAAGCCUAUGCCUACGCCCAUAUCUAGGCCUAUGCCUGCAUCCAUCAGCUUCCGUCCCACUCCUAUCGGCGCGUCGGCAAAUCCAACACCACCACCAAGCCCCUUCCUGAGCUGGACGGGCGCUGGGCUCUUCAAGGCCAAGGGCAGCGGGACCGGAGGAGGAGAGACCGAGCGCAGAGGAAUUCGUAGUAGCCUUGGGGGGUGA